AUGGCGCGUCGUCCCGCUCGUUGCUACCGCUACUGCAAGAACAAGCCGUACCCCAAGUCGCGGUUCAACCGUGGUGUCCCUGACUCCAAGAUCCGCAUCUUUGAUCUGGGCCGCAAGCGUGCCAACGUCGACGACUUCCCUCUCUGCAUCCACCUUGUCUCCAACGAGUAUGAGCAGCUAGGCUCUGAGGCCCUUGAGGCCGCCCGUAUCUGCGCCAACAAGUACCUGGUGAAGCACAGUGGCAAGGAGGGUUUCCACCUCCGUGUCCGUGCCCACCCCUUCCACGUCGUCCGCAUCAACAAGAUGUUGUCGUGCGCUGGUGCCGAUAGGCUGCAGACCGGUAUGCGUGGUGCCUUUGGCAAGCCCAACGGUGUCGUCGCCCGUGUCAACAUCGGCCAGAUCAUCAUGUCUGUCCGCACUCGUGACUCUAACCGUGCUCUCGCCCUCGAGGCUCUCCGCCGCUCUCAGUACAAGUUCCCCGGUCGCCAGAAGAUCAUCGUCUCCAAGAACUGGGGCUUCACCCCUCUCCGCCGUGACGAGUACCUGGAGCGCAAGGCCGCCGGCCGUGUCAAGGUCGACGGUGCCUACGUCCAGUUCCUCAGCAACCACGGUCGUCUUGCCGAGAACAUGCGCCGUUUCCCUGAGGCUUUCCAGCAGGAGGCUUAA